AUGGCUGAAGCUCUGGACAAUCAGGUUAAGACCAAGGUCUCUAUUAAGGCGCUUUUGGCUAAACUAUGUGAAGGAACAACAGAAGUGAAUGCAAACAAUGGCACCAUUAGUGGUGUUUUUGUAACUGUGGGAUAUCUUGCUAGAGUGGAGGAUUUUGAUGAAUUUGAGGAUGUUGAUAUGUUAUACAACACCUUAUCACUAGACAAAGUAGAAGCUCUAGAAGAUCUUGUUAUCAUUGGUCCACCUGGCGUUGUUAAGGGCGUUGGUGCUACUGUUUAUGUCUAA